UACACCACGGUGAUGCCGAUAGAGAGCUCUUUGACAAUGAAAAUUUCACCACAGAUGAUUCUGUCAUGAACCGAAUGUCGGCAGCGGACAUUGAAGAUCCCAUGGACAUGAUGAAUAAGGAUUCAUGUGGGGAUAUGCCCAAUCAAAGCCAAAGCAUGCAUGAGGGUGAGGAUACAAUCAUGGAGAUAUCCACCGAAUUUAAGGGUGCACCAAGGCAGGUCAGCAAAGUGAUUGGGCCAUUUGCGAAGCGUGCCAAGGGGAUCGACAUGAAGAAUCUCAAGAACAGCUGCCAUUAUUUGAUCCAGAAACAAUUCCUCAGUUCUGUCAAUGAGGCAUCGAUACCCUCCCUCCCACUGUCAAAGGAAGAAAGCUACGCCAAGGGUACCGCCAGCUUCCAGGAGGUUUACCGAUCGUUGCCUGAUGUGUUGAGUGACGAAACGAAAGAUUCUCUGUGCCCAUCGGUGGCCCUCAAUGCGGUUCUCCAUUUGGCCAACGAUAUGAAACUGCGACUCAUUCCACAAGAGAAUCUAGAGGAUUUUCAAAUCCGGCAAGUUCUGGAUGACGAAGUUUAAUGACGAGCUUUUAAAAAAACUGAAUUCUGAUACAAUGCUAGAAGUAAUCAAUCUUCACACAAUUUUAAAUACAUUUUCAUGCAACAACACAUACAAAAAACUAAACGAAACGAAUCAGGGCUCUUCUCCAAUGUGUUCUCGGAUGAAUUUUUAAUUCUAUCUCUCAAGUCCUAAGAUUUGCAACAUAUAAACAAUAAAUUAAUAUUUUUGAGAGCA